GCCCGUUUGCGAGCACGCGUCGGCGUAUAGCUGGCACCCUACAAGGCUCGCAAUCUCAACUUUGUGGCUCUUGUUCUUCUCCCCUCACCAGCUGCGCCCUGUUACUCCGUGGCACCACACUGCCCUUUGCGCAACCUCGAAGAUACUCCUCCGCGACCAGGCUGCAGCUCCAUGUCGUAAGCCUGGUGUUGCCAUCGCGCACUGAUUCGAUUCUGCUCCUCUUACCAAGGCAACUCGUUGGCUCGCGUGCGCGGCGAACGGGAUAUAUAAAUCGCGCCAAACCGCCCGCCUCGUCGUCUAUGUCAAGGCGCCGACCCGGUCUCAUCGUCUCUGCUGCUCUUCCUCCAAUUGUCCAUGGACGAAGACUGGGACAUCAUUGAAUCAUCCUCGGUCCCCCCCUCACUGCUUGCCUCCACUGCACCGUCGCGCGUCAGCACUUUAACACUGGAUCCACCACGCCAUUGCUUCUCGCCAGACCUGCUGCAAGAAACUGAAGAAGCACCGCUGACAGCGGGCCUUGUCUCCGAGAGAAUGGAAGAAGAAAGGAUCCCGUCCCCGCCGCCACCGCCCAACCCCAUCGAGAAGUACUAUGAGGACGAAAACACCAAAGAAGAGGAGAAGGAGCACCUCCUAGACGAAAGGGAAGAAGGAGAAGAAGAAGAAGAAGAAGAAGAAGAAGAAGAAGAAGAUCUCCCCAUCCCCUUCGUCUACGAGUCCACAGUGCUGGAGCCCGAGCCCGACAGCCUCCUCGACGCCUCCACGCACUCGUCCCCCUCCUCCCGCCCCAAAUCCCUCGACAGCUCGUACAUGUCCUCAUCGGCGACCGAGACAGCAGCACUAGCAGCCGCGCCAGCAGCGUCCCCAUCUGCGUCAUCGACUCUGCCACUGCGGCCCCUCUCCCCCGCCUCCACACUGCCUCGGCGCCCGCGCCAGCCCAACAGCAACAGCAACAGCAACAGCAACGACAACAUCGGCGUCGGCAUGACCACAGACACGAACACAAACGCCCACGCCAGCGCCAGCGCCAGCGGCGGCGUCUGGGUCCCCCCGCCCCCAAUCGUGCUGCGCACACCCCCCAUCCUGACAAGCACGACGCUGCCACCCUCUCCACCACCACCACCACCACCACCGCCCCCUCCAAUGCCAUUCACGUGGG